GGGAGUGAAGGGCGCAAACAGUGAGUCUUAUUAUUGGUUGAAUUGAUUAAAAGCGGCAAAUGAUUUAAAAGCGCCAAAAAACACAAUACAAGUGAUUAGACUUUAGUGAAGACAUUAAACUGAUUGACAAUCAAUUUUAAUGACACAUCAAGUGAUUAACAAUCAGUUUAUCRAUAAUUUGUGACCAUUUAAGUGAAAGACAUUAUCGRAAAUGAGUGAUGAAGAGACAGUUGAGGUCACAACCCGUCGCGAGAAGCGUAAAGUUAGUGCACAGUUGUCUAAGAAGUUAUCGGCGUUACAGAAAUUGAGACAAUUAAAGGGAUCGAAAAAUAAGUAUCAAAUUGAAGAUGAAAUCGAUGUCUAUGAAGAGGUMGAUGAAGAUGAGUACUCUGAACUUGUGGCCAAAAGACAACGUGAAGAUUGGAUUGUCGACGACGACGGCGCCGGAUAUGCGGACACUGGACACGAGAUAUUUGAUGAUUGCGACGGAGGUGAGGACGACGGAUAUCGUAAGUCAUCAAAAAGGGAUAAUUCAUUGAAAAGUAAAAUGACACCAAAGAACAAGUCUCUGAUUGCAAGCGAUGACAAUAAACCGAUUAAAAAGAGUAAUAAUAUUAGAGAUAUGUUUAAGAGUUUGGGAGAGAAUAGGUCUUUGAAGAAAUCCAUUAGUGAUGUUAAGGCUAAUGAAAAGGAUGUCGAAAGCAUUUUGGGUGACAUUUAUGGCAAAAAUACAACAAUGAGUUCCACACCUAAAGUAAUGAAUCUUCAACACAAAGAUGUAAUUGACGCCAACAAAUACAUCAAAUCCUUAUGCCAUUAAUACUUCAUCAGUCAAAAGACUUCCUAAACGAGUACUGACUAAUGGUUCCGCUGGAAGACCUUUGAAG